AUGCAAAAGGCCAUCCCAAUACCCCUAGCUGGUACCAGCAGCCGUCACUCUUUACCAAGAAUCAGCAGUUUUGAGAAAUGGGACAGGCAGUAUGACAGACAAGGAAUUCAGUUGGAGAUAUCUCAAGGGGUGGACCAAGAGGUCUCAAAAACUAUUGGUUGGCUGAUCAGACCAAUGAGCCCCCGUCAUCAGGAUGCCUUGGCGGUUGUCUUUACCGCUCUCACUAUGGAUGUGAGGAACCAUUGGUUGGCUAUUGCCAAUUUCCUCACAAGUCAAAGAACAAUUUGCCUGCGGCAGUGUGAAGAUGCAGAAGAGGCGUGGAAGUUCCCAUGCGAAGUCAUAAAAGCUGUAUUUGUAGCUGCAUUGGGUUCGGAGUAUGGUUCAAUGAGACCUAGUUUGAAGAAGUUUUCAAUAUAUGAUGCUGCAGAGAUGAUGUGGGGUAUACUACCAUGCCACAAACUCAUGAACAAGUUUGUUAGUCACAAAUUUUUGGGACAUCCGAAACUCUUGAUUUUCUCAUUGAAUCAUUUGUCUUGUCUCAAAGUGAGCCUGAAGGAUCUGCAUCCAAUGAAACAACAGGCAGACCAGCUUCAGAUGGAAAUGGGUGCUAUGCUGGAGGAACUUGACAAGAAGGAGGAUAAACUAGGGGACAAUGAUGUUGUUCAAGUGUACCUGGAGUUUGCAGAUCAUGCUGGAGGAAUCAAAAAAAUUUAG